AUGAACAAUGAGAAUAAUAAUAAUGGACGACAACAUUCCAGGAGGCGCAAGCCCAAUACCAUAGAUACCAGAAGAGAAGCUUUUCGAAAGUCAAGGAUACCAGUACCACCCUUGCAGCAGCAUCAGCAUCAGCGCCGAAAGCCUCGACCCCACAAAAAGGACACACCAUCAUCAUUAUCAUCAUUCCGGAACCUUCAGGUACUCACAGGGAUUGGUGUAUGUCUCGCCAAUGUAUCCUUUUUUGCGUACUUUGGAUGGUUAUGGUAUUCCAAGGAAAUGAAAUUUCCAACGCUUCUGCAAGACGAUUUUGACUAUUAUCAUACAGCCGAUUUGCCCAAAAAUUCUCCCAAUAAGAAGGUGGAAAAGAUGUGGCGCUACGAUCGACAACAGUUUCACAAAUGGCAGAAUAUUACUAUUGCCACUACUGAUACUACUGAUACUGGUGAAACAGAUAAUAAUGAGCCACCUCCGCCCAUUUUAUUGGUGGGACUACCAAAGGCUGGGACAUCUUCGAUUUUUGAAUUCUUUUCCUGCCACGGCAUUUAUGCGCAGCAUUGGUACUGCUGUGGGCCUCAGCGGAGUGCCGAUUUGCCCGGAUCGGGUGGACCACGAUUUGGACCGUCCUACAUGUCUCACUGCCUACUCGAGAAUUUGCAAGAACAAGCGCGACAACAACAACAACAGCAAGAAGAAGAAAUGAACCGCAAUACUAAACAAAAUUCAGAACUCGAAUUCGACUCCAAGUGGAACCAUUCCAUUCUGGAUGGAUGCGGUGACUAUGAUGUCUUUACGGAAAUGAAUGGUCCCUAUCUUUCACCAACCAAGGCACAAGAACAAGACAAUACUAAUCAUGAUGACCCAUUCCAUUCUUCCAAGGGCAUAUUUCUGCCCCAGCACUAUCAUUUGGAAGAAUUGCAUGCGGCGGUACCCACGGCCAUUUGGAUUUUGAAUACUCGGUCCGUGGACGAUUGGAUUCGGUCGGUGCAAAAUGUUCCCGCUCGAUCCCUGGUGGAACGCUUGCAGUACGAAGUGUUGGUCAAGCACGCAAGGGAAAAUGAGGCGACUGGGAAAUACCAAUCCUACAACAAUUUGCUGACGACGAUGAUGAACAAUGACAACGACAAUGAUAACAAGCAAAAGAGAAAAAGUUCAAGGCUUGGGUUUGGCAGUCUUCGUGGGGAGAAGAAAAAGUUCAAUGCCAUUAGUAGCUCCAAUAUUCCCCGUUGGCAGCAAGAAGAAGCCUUCUUGCGAGACUUUUGGGACGAACACAUUCAACGUGUCCGAGCCUUUGCUCGAUCUCACGGUCAUCCUUUGAUCAUUGUCAAUAUUAGUAAUGUCAAUGCAGGUGUGAACUUGGGGGCGGACUUGGAAUGGUAUGCUCCUAGUAACAGUAGUGGAACAGCACUAUCACCAGAGGAUGAGGACCACCACCAGCAGCAGGAGCAGCAAAUGAAGGAUAUAGCUCAACGAGUGGUCAAGCCAAAGAGAGCAACUCCUUCCAAGGCAAAAGCUUGCUGGAAACGAUACAAUGCAGGGGAAUAUCACCAUGAUUAUAAUUAG